CUAAAUUCUUGGGUUGAAAUCAGGAACAUGUGAAUCUCUGUGCCCAACAGACAAGUAGCUUUGAGGUAUCUAUAUGAAAAAUGGGUCCUAGGCAAUCUAUUGGGAUUGACAGAAACAGGUUCAUGUGUCACUUGUUUCAAAAGUUCUUUUGACAGACACUAUUGUUACUGUUACCUCUCUUUAAGAGCCAAUUGGAAUGUCAAGGAUUUAUGUGGUUAUUGCAGCUAUUAAUUUUUGAGAAAACUGAGAAAAAAGUUAAUAUGGAAGAUCUGGGAGAAACUAAGGAGAUGGAUGAGUGAGAAUGAGGGAAAACAUCUUUCUUGGGAGAAUGUAACUUUUUUUGAUGUAGAAACAUAAAGAUAAAUUUUGGAAGGGUGAAAUGGGGAGAAAAUGUUAAGGGUCAUGGUUUGAGAAAAGUAGAAGAAAUGCUUUUCAUCACUUUUAGAAUUAUUUUUCUCCUUGAAAUUAUUGUAACUUUUAUCUUUGGAAGAGACUUGAUUUGUUAUCUCAACUCCAGUGAAAUCAAUAUAGUUUGAGACUAUUUUCAGAAGUCAGCCGCUGUUUUAUAGAUUUGAAGUAAAUGGCUAGGAGUGUUUUCACAGCUAAAAUCCUAUAAAUAAUUAUCUAUGUAUUAUUAUUGAUUUUACUGUUAGUGAAUUAUAUAUUCGGUAACUUUAAUAUUUAAUCUUGGGAAAUGUAGAUAUUUAAUAUAUGCAGAAAUGAGUACCUACUAUGAUAAAGGCCAUUUCUCCAGUUUAUUAACUAAAUAAUAUAUGAUGGGGUCUCUGAGCUUAGUUGAUUAAUUGAAGUUGAAAUUUUAUUAAUUUAAAAACAUCUAACCAAGUUUUUGCAUUAUUUUAGAACUAAGGAUGAUGAGAUGAAAUAUCGGAAUGAGUCAAGUAACUAGGUUGAGUAGUCACUCGCUGCUGUACUAGUGCCUGUGGUUGUUCCUGCUCAUAACUUGUUAAAUUAGAUUCUCUCCUCUUCCCAGUUUUUUCUUGAUUUGGAAAGCUACUGGAUUGGAAUGAAAAUUUGGGCCUUGCAAUAACAUUUUAAUCAUCAUUCACUUUUCUGUUCCUUCAGAACCGAGCCAUUUUCCUUGAGAUCCUUGACCACUCAAGUCCAAAUCUGAAUCCAAGGGGGUUUGCUGAGAACUGACUGGCCCUCUUGACUACAAGCUUUGGAGUUUCCUGAGAUGGUAUUCUGGAGUGGACUCAGCACUAAGAACAGAUGUCCCAGUGAUUGACAGUUUUGAUUGUUCUCCAGUUUCACUCAAUCAAGUGAGGAUAGACAACCGAUUAGUCAGACUGGACAAAACUGUGACUGGUGCAGUACCACAGUAAAUGUAAUUUGAAGAAAGCAAGAAAGAACCAAUGGCUUUAGCUGGCUGUCCGGAUUCCUUUUUGCAUCAUCCAUAUUAUCAGGACAAGGUAGAUCAGACUUCUACUCACAGUCAGAGCGAUAUAGUGGAACCUGGAUUCCAAGAACAACCUACUCGAGUCGCCUUAAAUCACCAAGAUGACGAUGUGGACUUGGAAGCUUUGGUAAAUGACAUGAACUCCUCAUUUGAAAGUUUGUAUUCUACAUGUAGCAUGCAGUCAGAAACUGCCCCCCUCCUUCAAAAUGGUCAACAUAAUCGUAGCCAGUUGCCAACCUCAGGAACAAGUGCCCUCCAGCAGCAAGUGUCCCCGAAGCAGAAAGUUCAGCGCUCUCAACCCAUGCACAUUCUAGCAGUCAGACGCCUUCAGGAAGAAGACCAGCAAUUUAGAACCUCGUCUCUGCCUGCCAUACCAAAUCCAUUUCCUGAGCUUUGCAGUCCCACUAAUUCUCCUGUUCUCACACCAAACUCUUUACCUCAGAAUCAACCAGCUAGUAAGCAGGAUGUUAAAGUCUUUAGUGAAGAUGGGACAAGCAAAGUGGUGGAGAUUCUAGCAGACAUGACAGCCAGGGACCUCUGCCAGCUGCUCGUUUACAAAAGUCAUUGUGUGGAUGACAACAGCUGGACCUUAGUGGAGCAUCACCUUCACCUAGGAUUAGAACGGUGCUUAGAAGAUCAUGAGCUGGUGGUUCAAGUGGAAAGCACAAUGGGAGGUGAAAGUAAAUUUUUAUUCAGGAAGAAUUAUGCAAAAUAUGAGUUUUUCAAAAAUCCUGUGAAUUUCUUCCCAGAACAGAUGGUGGCUUGGUGUCAGCAAUCAAAUGGCAGUAUUCCCCAAACUCAGCUUUUGCAGAAUUUUUUAAACUCCAGCAGUUGUCCUGAAAUUCAAGGUUUUUUACAUGUGAAAGAGCUAGGCAGGAAGUCCUGGAAAAAAUUAUAUGUGUAUUUGCGAAGAUCAGGACUUUAUUGCUCCACAAAAGGAACUUCAAAGGAGCCAAGACAUUUGCAGUUAUUGGCUGACCUGGAUGACAGCAAUAUCUUUUCUCUGAUAGCAGGCAAGAAGCAGUAUAAUGCCCCUACAGACUAUGGGUUUUGUAUCAAGCCAAACAAAGUAAGGAAUGAGACAAAAGACCUGAGGUUAUUGUGUGCUGAAGAUGAACAGAGCAGAACGUGUUGGAUGACGGCAUUUAGGCUCCUCAAGUAUGGCAUGCUGCUUUAUCAGAAUUACAGAAUUCCACAGCAGAGGAAAGCCUGGCUUUCCCACUUUUCAACUCCAGUGCGCAGUGUGUCUGAGAACUCCCUCGUAGCCAUGGACUUUUCCGGCCAAACAGGAAGAGUGAUUGAGAAUCCUGCGGAAGCCCAGAGUGCAGCCUUGGAAGAGGGCCAUGCUUGGAGGAAACGAAGCACAAGGAUGAAUGUCUUAGGUAGCCAAAGUCCCCUCCACCCUUCUACACUAAGCACAGUGAUCCAUAGGACACAAAACUGGUUUCAUGGAAGGAUCUCUCGGGAAGAAUCCCAUAGGAUUAUUAAACAGCAGGGACUUGUGGAUGGGCUCUUCCUCCUCCGUGACAGCCAGAGUAAUCCAAAGGCAUUUGUACUCACACUGUGCCAUCACCAGAAAAUCAAAAAUUUCCAGAUCUUACCUUGUGAGGACGAGGGACAGAUGUUCUUCAGCCUUGAUGACGGAAAUACCAAAUUCACCGAUCUGAUCCAACUUGUUGAGUUCUACCAGCUAAACAAAGGAGUUUUGCCUUGCAAACUCAAACAUCACUGUAUCAGAGUGGCCUUAUGACCUUGAAUUUGGCUCUUGGUUGAAGACUGGAUUUGCUAGAAGAAUAACUAAGAGAAAGUUAACACUGGAAUGAGUAAGCAGGUCUGUAAAUUGGUUUAAAAAUUCUGUUCUGCACCUCGAGACACUCAAAGGGAUGGAUUCAGUGGGUGCCAACAGACCAAGAUCUUCCUGGUUUGUCCAACACCUAAGAAUGAUCUGCUGCUGAGUAUCCCAGCACACCUUCCUCCCCUUGCCAAAUAAAGGAAGGAAUGUAGAAUUGUGUGCAAAUUUGAGACUAAACUGGAAUGAUCAUCUUGACUGGGCCACUUAACAGGAACAGGUUCUGAAGAGAAAUCAUUGGAAAAAGGACUCUUGCCCUGGAAUAAUCUUGACAAUUAAAACUGGUGUGUUUA